AUGAAGCCACUCGCCGUUAACCUUUGCCGCCUCUCCGUCGCCAAUAACCACCGCCUCCUCUCCGUCGCCAAUAACCACCGCCUCCUCUUCCUUCUCCGCCUCUCUCUCUCUCCCUCGCAUAUCUCCUCUCACCGUUGGAUCUCUCUCCCUGAUAGGGAUUUGGAAGAUCGGAUUCUGGAAACCGCGGAGGACAUUGGUGGUCCCGUCGAUAAAGCAAAGGCUAGGGCUUUGAGGAAACAGAGAGAGUUAGAGAAGUCGAAGAAAGCUUUAGAGAGGUAUAGAUCCGAUGCUAAUUACAGCUCCCUAUGA